AUGUCUACUGAUGAAGUGUUGAGGCACAACAAAAAGGAUGAUCUGUGGAUGAUUAUUCACGGUAAUGUGUACGAUGUCACAAAGUUUGUGGACGAGCACCCUGGAGGAGAAGAGGUUCUGUUGGAUGUUGCAGGUACUGAUGCUACCGAUGCUUUCGAAGAUAUUGGUCACUCCGAUGACGCCAGAGAAAUUUUAAAGGAUCUGUAUCUUGGUAAGGUUGAUGGUGUUGCUACUACUGCUUCUACUACCAGCAGUGGUAGUGGUGGUGGUUCAAAUUCUUUGGAACCAACAAACUCCCAGAUUCCAUUGUUUGCCGCUCUUGCUUUGAUGUUGGCAGUUAUUGCUUACUUCUACCAUCAACAGUAA